AUGGAGGCCGAGGACUUCCAGGAGGAGCUGACCUGCUCCAUCUGCCUGGACUAUUUCGAGGACCCGGUGUCCAUCGAGUGCGGCCACAACUUCUGCCGCGGCUGCCUGCGCCGCAGCUGGGCGCCGAGCGGCAGCCCGGUCCCCUGCCCCGAGUGCCGGCAGCCGUCGGCGCCCGCUGCGAUGCGGCCCAACUGGGCCCUGGCCCGGCUGACGGAGAGGAUGCGGCGCCGCCGCCUGGGCCCCGCGCCCCACGGCCUGUGCGGCCGCCAUUGGGAGCCGCUGCGGCUCUUCUGCGAGGACGAUCAGCGGCUCGUGUGCUUGGUGUGCAGGGAGUCCCAGGAGCACCAGGCCCACACCAUGGCCCCCGUCGACGAGGCCUUCGCGAGCUACCGGGAAAAACUUCUGAAGACUCAACGUGGUCUGACAGCCAAGAUGAAGAAAGCCAUGCAUUUACAGGACAUGGAAGUGAAGAAUGCUGCAGAGUGGAAGGAGAAGAUGAAGAAUCAGCGAACGAGAGUCAGUGCGGAGUUUGCAAAGCUGCAUGUCUUCCUGGCUGAAGAAGAGCAAUUGUUUCUUAAGAGACUGAGCCAAGAAGAAGAAGAGACAAAGAAGAAACAGAAUGAGAACACAUUAAGGCUCAAUCAAAUGAUCACUUCCAUGAAGAAGCUCAUCUUCGAGGUGGGGGAGAAGAGCCAGAGCUCCACCCUGGAGCUGCUCCAGAAUCCAAAAGAUGUGUUGACCAGGUGUGAGAACCAGGAUGUGAACUACUCCUUUGAAGUUCUAAAGGUGAAGACUGUGUGCCGGCUCCCAAUGAUGAAGGAAAUGCUGAAGCGAUUCCAAGUGGCUGUAAAUCUAGCUGAGGACACUGCUUAUCCCAAACUUGUCUUCUCCCAGGAAGGGAGAUACGUGAAAAAUGGAGCAUCAGCCAGUUCUUGGCCACUAUUUUCUACAGCGUGGAGCUACUUUACUGGAUGGAGGAAUCCUCAGAGGACCACAGACUUUGUGGAGAGAUUUCAGCACUUACCCUGCGUUUUGGGAAAAAAUGUUUUCACUUCAGGGAAGCAUUACUGGGAAGUUGAGCACCAAGGUAGCCUGGAGGUUGCUGUGGGGUUGUGUCGGGAGGACAUCAUGGGGAUUACUGGUGGUUCAACAAUGUCCCCCCGCAUGGGAAUCUGGGCUCUUUGUUGGAGUUCUGCUGGCUAUUGGCCCCUGACAGGCAUCUCUGUGAGGCCUACCAAGCUAGAGCCAGCUCUUCACCGGGUGGGAGUUUUCCUAGAUCACAGGGCUGGGGAAAUCUCAUUCUACAGUGCUGUGGAUGGAGAGCACCUCUACACUUUUUCCUGUCCUUCCAUCUCACGUCUCCGGCCAUUUUUUUGGUUGAGUCCAUUAGCAUCUUUAGUCAUCCCACCAGCGACUGGUGGGAAAUGAGGCUGUUCUUCUCCUGCCCAAGAAUCUUUGCCUUGUACCCCAGCCCAGGGACAUACAUCCCUUGGCCCUCAUCUUUGACUUCAUAUAUAAAUCCAUCCUGGGUGGUCCCUCAAUUCUGUCCAUUCAGAUUCCAACUUCACAUUUUGUUCAGCCCCCCUGGACAUCAUGUGCGUAGAUGUGGAAGACCCUGCUGGGUAUCUUUCCAGUAGCCACUUGGCCCACUUUUUCUCCUUCUCUUCUGGUUCUUCCUAAUUGAACUGUUCAGGAUGUGCCCUCCACAUGCUUCAGGGAGAGACAGGCCCAUAGGAGGGAAUUCUGGCCAGUGAGGUGGGGUGAGAAAUUCUCCAAGGUGCCUCCGAGGAAGGUUUUUUAGCUUUUAGAAAGAGAUGUCUGGGAAGACACAGCCCCUCUUCUGAUGUUAGUAGGUAUACCGGAACUGAGAGGAGCGCAGUAACCGUGGAAAAAGGAGGAGAAAUGUGGUCUUUGUUGGCAUCACGAAAUGGUUGGAAUUUCCCUAAUCCCGAAUUUCUUGUUAUAUGAGAUUAUUGCUUCUUUAUUGUAUAAGGCAGUUCUAGUUGCCUUCUGGUCACUUGCAGGCUGAAGCAUCCUGACCGGUGCUAUAGGCACGUAGCUUGGACAUCUCACGGUAUAGACCUAUCUCACUUUUUUCCUGAAAUUUGACAGCUUUAUAGAAUCCCGUUCUGUUUAGUCAUGUAAUUCCUCUUCUUUCCAGUAAGUACUGAUAUUCCUCACUUUCUUGUAUUGGAAGAUUGAGGCAGUCUUCCCCUACUCUGCCCGUGUUGUUACUCUUCACCUGACCGUGUCUCUGCCCUCAAGGGUUCAUUAUGCUCUCCACUCGUCAGAUUCGUAUACUGUGCGCACAAGGUUGUUAACGUCAUCCUGAAGAUGUUGGGAAACCCUUGUUAAGUAUUUACACUGUGCUAGCCUCUUCACAUAAUGCUCCCACGUGACUCUUGCAACAGAGAUGGAAAUGAGAUGGAAAUUAAAAUCCUGUCUUUACAAAAGAAAAAACAAACCUUGAGAUUAACUCGUUCAGUCCUGCCCAGCUGUCAAAUGGGCAUGUUGGGAUUGAAUCUAGAUCUGAGAGGAAGGUCCUGAUCUUUUCUACUCUACGGUCACCUGUGAGCACAUAUUGAAUGCUGAUUGUGAUCUCCAACACCUUUGUUUCAGGUUUUUAUUUUGUUACAUGUUUUUACCCUGUAUGAGUGUUCUCCUCUCUUUACCUUCCUGCUCUAGAUUGUAUGCACUCAGAGGAUUGUGACUAUUACUGGAUAGUUAUUUGAAAAAUAAUGAAUGUUUCUCUCUGGUUAUAAAAUCAUGUACUUAUUAUAGAAACUUUGGAACAUAUAAAAAGUGUGAAGAAAAUUAAAGUUAUUGAUAAUUCCACCACUACCAACAUUUUAAUGUGUCUCCUCCCAGACUUUCAAUAGGCUUUCUGGCAGCUUCUUAGAAAAUUUCCAGCACCCUCCCUAAUCCCUCCUCCCCUUCCUGUGCCCCAGCCCAUCCUGGCUUGUCUUCCUUUGCAGCUGGAGCAAUCCCCCUCAUUCAGUGAUUUCUGCUGAGUUCUCCUUAACUCUCCAAGAUACUUGCCGUUAGGAGUUGAAUUCUGUCCUCUAGAGAAAAAGAUAUGUUGAAGUCCUAGCUGUGAAUGUGACCUUAUCUGGAAAUUAAGAUGAGGCCAUUAGGGUGGGCCCUAAUCCAAUAUCACUAGUAUCCUUAGAGGAAAUUUUGUACACACACACAUACACUUACGCAUGGAAAUGCCAUGUGAGGACACCGAGGGAAGAUGGCUAUGGGAGAGGCUGGAGUUAUGCUGUCACAAACCAAUGAAUGCCUGGGGCUGCUAGAUGCUGGAAAAGGCAAAGAAGAAUCCUCCCCUAGAAGCUUCUGAGGGAGCAUGGCCCUGCAAACAAACACCCUGAUUUCAGACUUCUAGCCUCCAGAACUGUGAGACAGUAAAUUUCUGUUGUUUUAAGCCAGCCAGUUUGUGGAACUUAGGAAUUUAACACUUGCCCAUCAGGACUUCCUUCAGUACUGUGAAAUAUUCAUAUUUUAUGGCAUGACAAGAAAAAUUUAAACAUAAAAAAUUUUCUCUGCCCAUUGGUCUCUGUGCCUGCACUGUGCAUUGUGUGUCUGCAUUAUGCCUCGACCACACCUCCCCCAUCAGCAGAAAUACCUGCUCAGCCAUAAAGAGCAACAUUCUCCCAGCAUCAACAAGACGACUCCUUAAAAGAUAACAUUCCUUCUUGAUAAGGGGUCACAUGGUGCUUAGAUCCGAUGUAAACUGUCAUCAAUAUGUCAUUUAAUGUGCAGCCCCCGUCUCAAAAAACUGAUAUAACUGUGCCUUGACUUCUAACGGAUGGAACGGUUCUCAGAGCUUUCUCAGAUGCUCUUCCUGGGUUAUAAUCCUCAAAUUUGGCUCGAAUAAAAUUUCCAAUUUCUUUCUUA